UUUAACAAAUUUUAAAGAUAUAUUACAAGAGAAUACCUACGCAAUUUUUUUUUUUUACUGUCAAUAAUAUUGAGCCAAGCAAGAAACCAUACAUUUUGAGUUCAAUGUCAAAUUAAUAAAACCGCGAGUUGCAGUCAAAAUGGAAGAUCGACUGUCCAGCACCGACCAUAGCUGGUUCAAAUAUUUUCCAAAUGCAAUAAAAGCUGUGUUGACCUGUCAGAGUCAGAAUAUUAUGAAGACAGCUCAAGAUAUUGCAUAUGUCAUCUGUUACUUUAAACCUGACAUGACAUCGUACCAGCAAAUGCUUGUACUAUGUUGGGUGAAGACCAAGAAUAUGUUUUUCUAUGAAACUGCAUCGAUAAUUUCAUUUGUGUUAUGGCUGUUAAACUACAGUUGGUGGUUGGCGAGAUUUUCAAUAGAAAAAUGUAAUAUUGCGUUAAACACAAUCGAUAAAAAACCGAAUUGGAUUGAAUCAGAAGUCGAUGGUCCCAAAAGAUGUGAAGUUAAAUGUGAAGUACUAUACGACCCGGGACUUGAGUCAACUUUCAUGGACGUGGUUUUUAUACAUGGACUUAGGGGUGACAAACUUAAGACAUGGAAACAAGGUGUGUGGAAACAAGUGGAUCAGAAACCUGAGCCCGUGGUUGUCAGGAAUUCCGGAUUAUCCACGAUGAAUAAAUUUGAAAGAUUGGCUAUCGGUAAUGAGAUCAAAGAGUUUACUAAUUGUUGGCCCAGAGAUUGGUUGCCACUGGAUUGUCCAUAUGUCCGUGUUAUAACCAUCAGCUACAGUACAGACCCUUAUUUGUGGAGACCUAUAUGGUUAAGCAAACCAGUUAGAACAACUAUGAAAGAUAGAGGAUUGGAGAUGAUAUCACUUCUAAGAAAUUUGCAUGUCGGACAGCAUCCCAUUACGUGGGUUGGUCAUUCUAAAGGGGGAUUGUUCAUAAAACAAAUAUUAGUUCAUGCUAAUGAAAACCAGGAAACUCACAAAAUCAUAACCAAUACCAGGGGGAUAUUAUUUUAUAGUGUUCCCCAUAACGGAUCUCCUUUAGCCAAUAUAAAACUACCAUUGUUUCAACGAUCAAUUGAAUUACAAGAGUUAGUAAAUGACACACAAGUAAUACAAAAACUUCAGAAAACAUUUCAUGAAAUGAUGAACGUUAAUAGACAAAUUCAAGUGAAGAGUUUUAUUGAAACCAAAUUGACACUUAUGAAACUUAUUUAUUUAAGGAUUGUUUCUAUACAGUCUGCAGAUCCAGGAUUUGGAGAUUUAUAUGGUGUUCCGUUGGAUCAUCGAAAUAUUUGCAAACCAAAAAAUCGGAAUUGUUUUCUAUAUCAAGAGCUAGUUAAUAUGAUACAAUCAUUAAAGCAAUCAACAGUCGAAGAAACGGUGUAAAGAUAAAAAAAAAUAUAUUAAACAUAUAAAAAGUAAAGAAGAGAUCAUUAUAAUAUGUCAUAAAUACCAAUAUGUCAGAUACAAUCAAUUAUAAACUAUAAUUAUUCAACAAUAUUUUUAAUAUAAAACAAAACCAUUAGUUCAAAAUAAUACAUUAAUAUUUUUUGGUGAGUUAUAAACAAUACAAUAUAAUUAAAAAUUAUUCAUAUUAAUUUUUGCUAAUCUCUAUUCCAAUUAACUACUGUAUGCAGCAACGGUUUUUAUUACAGCUAAUGUUUUUUGAUAAA